ACUUUAGGGCAAAAGUGCAUGUCAGUAAACCUAUCCCAGGGAGCCCCCAGUGAAAAAGUGGGUUAGGCUGCUUCGAGUGUCCCUGAAAGGCUUUUAUUGCCUCUCAAAACUGAGAGACCAUACUCAAGAAUCAGCUGGAACGUGGCUGGCAACAGGCAGCAGAGAAGAGCAGAUUACUUGAUGACAUAAGAAGCUGUUCAACAUGUUUAAAAUACGUAAAGCUAAGGAGGAUGAGCCAACGGCUCCAGGGCAGGUGAGAAUAAAAAAGAGGUCACAGGUGCCUGGAGUUAUGAUCACACAAUACGUGGAGGAACUGCCGGCAGACACAACCACACCAGAUUUCACCCGGAAACCAAUUGCUCUGACAAUUCAAGAAGGUAAAACUGCCAUCUUCAGAGCAGUAGUUAUUGGCAAGCCAGCACCAAAUGUGACCUGGGUGAGAAAUAAUGGCGUGAUUAAUGAAAGGUACCAAGUCCUCUAUGAUAAAAGUUCUGGUGAACACCAGCUACAGAUGCCAGAUGUAUCUGGGGAUCAAGCUGACACGUACAAGUGUUUCGCAGAAAAUGAAUAUGGAAAAGCAAUUGUAACUGCUGUUCUUAACGUUAUUGAAGUUGGCUUCAAAAAGAACCAAGCAUUGAAUCAAUCCAGAACAGCUAUCCGAGAGCUACCGGAAGAUUUCAAAAAGAACUUAAAAACUGUGAUUGAAACUGAACCAAAGGAAGACACUAAACCAGAGUUGGAUGAGAAGUUUUGGGAACUGUUGAUGAGUGCAGACAAGACAGAAUAUGAGAAGAUAUGUGCCCAGUAUCGUAUUACUGAUUUUCGCUGGAUGCUGAAAAAACUUAAUGAGAAGAAGACAGAAAGGGAGCAAGAGCAGGAAAAGGUCGUCGAAAGACUUUCCAACUUAAAGCCCAUUGAACUAAACCCCUUUGGUGGUGCAGAGUUUGAACUUGAAAUGUCACUCAAAGACCCUACAAGCAAAAUCUAUUUAUUCAAGGAUGGAGUUAUGGUUCCUUUUGAUGCUGAUUUGGAGGUAAAACACUGCCUGAAGCAAGUGGGAAAGAAGUUCAUGUUUAGUAUCAAUGGUAUUGACCCAGAGGAUGCUGGAUUAUACCAAGUGGAGGUUGACGGAGUAAAGAUCUUCUCAACUGAUUUAAAACUUCCCCCUGUAGAAUUCUUAGUAAAGAUUGAGGAUGUGAAAGCAGAAGAAAGAGAGGACGCCGUGUUUGAGUGUGUCGUCUCACAACCACUGAAAAAGAUAUCUUGGAAGGGAAAAAAUAUGCCACUGGAGCAGGGGGACAAAUACGACAUCCUUGUGUCAGAAGACAUGCUGAUUCACACAUUAGUAGUCAAGGAUUGCCUGCCAUUGGAUAAAGGAAUUUAUGCAGCCAUGGCUGGACUUUCAUCCUGCAGUGCCUGGCUUAUAGUGGAAGUUGACAAUGAUCCAAACACACAAAGAAAGAAGAAGGCUCGUAAAACAACCCGGGCAGGUGGUGGUAAUGCCGAUCUUCUGGCAAUCGCUCAGGAACAAAAUGCAAAGGUACAGAAAGAGAAGGAUGUCUUGAUUGAAAAAGCAAAAGCAAAGGCAGAAGCAGAAGCUGCAGCGGCUGCUGCUGAGAAGGCAGCGGCUGAAGCUAAAGCAGAGGCUGUAGCUGAAGCCAAAGCAGAAGCUUUAUCUGAAGCUAAAGUCAAAGCUGAAUCCCAAGCUGAAGCUAAAGUCAAAGCUAAAUCACAAGCUGAAGCUAAAGCCGUAGCUAAAGUCGAAGCUAAAGCCAGUGCUAAGGCAAAGGCAAAGACAAGUGAAAAAGGAAAGGAAAAGAAAAAAGUGAAGGAGAAGUUGGCGGCAAAGACUGAAGAUGGAGAAGAUGCAGAUAAAACACAAGCAGUCACUGCAGAGGGCAAAGUGGAAGAUGGAGAUGAUGUAGAAGAUGAUGAAGAAGAUGAUGAAGAAGAAGAAGAAGAAGUAGAAGAAGAAGAAGAAGAAGAAGAAGAAGAAGAAGAAGAAGAAGAAGAAGAAGAAGAAGAAGAAGAAGAAGAAGAGGGAGAGGAAGAGGAAGAGGGAGAGGGGAAAGAGGGAGAGGAUGUGGAGAAAGCAGAAUCAGAAUCUACCACAUCAAAACCAAAACAAAAGAAGAAGAAGAAGAAAGAGGCACCUGCUCAAGUUGCUGAUUCUGAAGUAGAAGAGCCCGUUGAAGAGAAAAGAAAAAGAGUACGCACAGGCCCACUUAUUCCUGAUACAGUCAUUGACCCCGGCGUUUUCUUCACCAGUGGACUUUCAGAUGUAACUGCCAUCAUUGGUACUGAUGCAGAGCUGGUCUGCAGACUGAGCAGUGAGGAAUGUGAUGGAGUCUGGUACAAAGAUGAAAUAGAGAUGACAAAUACAGAUGACAUCUGCAUUGUUAAAGAUGGGACUUAUCGCAAACUAAUAAUUAAAAAUUGCAAGGAAGAUGAUGCUGGGAAGUACAGAUGUGAGGCUGAUGGGCGUAAAACAGAAGCUGUGCUAAAUGUGGAAGAUCCUCCAAGAAUUGACACUGAUGAACUUGCCGAGUACAAAAAACCUGUUGUAAUCAAAACUGGGAAAGAAGCAGUUUUUAAGGUAUCCUUUGUUGGCCGGGAACCAAUGAAAAUCCAGUGGUACAAUGAAGGCGACGAGCUGUUGGAGGACACCCAUGUCAAAAUUGAAAAAUCGUCCUCACAUACCCGCCUGCUGCUCACCAAGUGCCAACGCAAAAUCUCAGGCGAAAUUAAGGUUAAGAUUAAAAAUGAAUGUGGAACAAUUGAGGCCAUUACCCAUCUUGUUGUUUUAGAUAAACCAACAACCCCGCUAGGCCCUGUGGACAUAAUUGAAAGUUCAUCAUCUUGCAUCGAUUUCAAAUGGAGGCCUCCGAAAGACAAUGGAGGUUCCCCUAUCACUGACUACAUCCUAGAACGUCAGCAGAUUGGCCGAAACAGCUGGAAGAAACUAGGCAAGAUUGGCCCAGAGCCUAAAUAUAGGGAUACUGAUGUGGAUCAUGGUAGAAAGUACUGCUACCACAUCUGGGCUGAAACCGACCAAGGUACCAGUGGGAUGAUGGAGACCGACGACAUUCAGGCAGGGACAAAGGCUUAUCCUGGACCUCCUUCUACCCCCAAUAUUGUUAGUGCCUUCAAAGACUGCAUCAACCUUGCUUGGUCUGCACCUGCUAACACCGGAGGAACUAACAUUUUAGGAUAUAAUGUGGAGAAACGGAAAAAUGGCAGUAAUCUAUGGGGCCUUGUCAACCCACCUGAUGAGCCCAUUAAAGAAAAAAAGUAUGCAGUAAAGGAUGUUGUGGAAGGCAUCGAGUAUGAGUUUCGUGUAUCUGCCAUCAACAUCUCUGGUGCUGGGGAGCCAUGUGCACCCACUGAAUUUGUAUUUGCAAGAGAUCCAAAGAAGCCCCCAGGUAAAGUUAUUGACUUAAAGGUGACAGACUCAACAUACACCACCUUAUCACUGGGCUGGACCAAACCUACUGAAGAGGAAGGGGUCCAAGAUGAAGCUAAAGGAUACUUUGUUGAGCUCAGAGCAGCAGAAGACCCAGAAUGGGGUCGCUGUAACUCCAGCAGUUUCAUAAUGACCUCCUAUACUAUUAUGGGUCUGAAGUCUAUGGCUAUGUAUUGGGUAAGAGUUGUAGCCACCAAUGAGGGUGGAGAUGGUGAGCCUAAAGAGCUGGACAACUACAUCAUUGCAAUGCCUCCUCCAGUGAGACCUCAGUUCACUGACAAAAAAAUGAAGAACUUUGUGGUAAUGAGAGCUGGGAACACUGCUCGAAUCAACUUUAACUUUAAGGCCUCUCCAAUACCAGUAGUUACAUGGCUCAAGGACAGCAUGCCUCUACCCAAGUAUGUGACAGUUAGCAACACAGACACAUCAUCACAGUUAAUGAUUCCCUCGUCAGAACGUCAUGACACGGGGAUCUACACUAUCAUUGUAAAGAACCUUGUUGGUCAAGACACCUCCAGUGUGGAGAUGAGAUUCACAGAUGACCCCAAGCCUGCGGGCCCUGUAGAGCUGGAGGAAAAUGUGUCAGGAACAGUGACAGUCUCCUGGAUUCCAUCUCCAGAUGAGAAGAAAGAUGACAGGCUCCACUACACGAUCACCAGGCGUGAUUCCGUAAAGCGUGUAUGGCAAACUGUGGCAGACCAUCUCUUCAACAACAAGUUCACUGCCAUCAACAUCAUGCCGGGAAGGCAGUACAAGUUCAGAGUCUAUGCCAAAAAUGACAUGGGGAUUUCCAAAUCCUCUGAUUCACCAAACUGGGAAGUAAAGAGAACAAAAGAACCAUUCUCCAUUAAUGUUCCUGCCUCUAAGGGCCUCCAGUUUGAGAUGCCUCCAUCAUUCUCCGUUCCACUGAAAACAUACAACACUCCAGAGAGCUAUGAGUGCUACAUGAGUUGUGCAGUGACAGGAAACCCCAAACCCCAUGUUACUUGGUGCAGAAAUAACAUUAGCCUCAACACCAAUACUAACUACUACAUCACCAAUACAUGUGGGGUCUGCUCCAUGGUAAUACUCAAAGUUGGACCAAAGGACAGCGGGGAUUACACAGUCAUAGCAGAUAAUCAUCUGGGCAGAGUGGAGUGUUCAACUAAACUCAUCGUUAAAGAGUAAGAUGAAGACUGUCUGUGAGUGCACAGACUGCUGGUUGCUCUCCGUCUCUCACUCCCUCGCUCCUGUUCACCUCACUGGCAGAUGCACCUGAGCCACACACACUGUGUUUACAAAGAAGGCUGAGGUUGCAGUUUCUGAUAUUAUUAUUAUUGGUAUUAUGCUAUAAUUAAAGUUCAUAUCAGUAUCAUUUUAUGUCAACAAUCUGCUGCUGCUUGUGUAAAUGACAUUGUAGCACUAUAAACAUGUCAUAACUGAUUCAGAACUGUCUAAACUGAUAACUUGAUACAACUGUGUUAGAUCUGCUCCUGGUCUCUGUCUUCUAUAUCUACCUCACCUUCCUCUUGUCCUUUCUCUCCCCCACCUCUCCUCUGACCCCCAUUUUUCCUUUCACCCUA